ACGCCGCCCGCCCCCGCGUCUUAGAUUUGGGCGGUGGAAAGCUUUGCCCAGCAGUCCGUAGUCCGUGACCGCCGCGAAAGCUCGCCCCAAAAGCUCCGAAAACAAAACAAGAAAGACAAAACUUCCGUGAAAACAAAAUGCCUGCCAGAAACAAGGAACAAGAACAGGAGGUCCUUACUUGGAUCUCUGCAGUACUUGGAGAGCCUCUACCCAAUGGAGAUUAUGAAGAUAUCCUCAAAAAUGGCGUCGUGCUAUGCAAACUGAUUAACAAACUUGCCCCUGGCUCCGUUAAGAAGAUCCAAGAGAAAGGAACCAAUUUUCAGCUUAUGGAGAAUAUUCAAAGGUUUCAAGCUGCGAUCAAGAAAUAUGGCGUGCCCGAGGAGGAAAUCUUCCAAACAGCUGACCUUUUCGAAAGGCGCAACAUUCCUCAAGUUACUCUGUGCCUUUACUCUUUAGGCAGAAUUACCCAAAAGCACCCAGAAUACAACGGGCCUCAACUUGGACCUAAGAUGGCUGAGAAGAAUGAGCGAACCUUCACUGAGGAGCAGCUCAGAGCACACAAUGCUGAGCUGAAUCUCCAAAUGGGCUUCAACAAAGGUGCCUCUCAAUCUGGCCAUGGUGGCUUCGGUAACACCCGUCAUAUGUAAUCUGAUGGAUUUUAAUCCAAAGUGAAACAUUCUAAGCUAUUUAUUAUACUACUAAAAAAAUUAAGAUACAGAAUGAUGAACAUUAAAUAUGGAAUCCGUAUGGAUUCCAAUUCAAAUAAUUUAUUGAAUAUUAAAUAUUACAAUGCGGAAUGGAAAAAAUUACUAUACAGUAACUGCAGAGAUUAAUGAAGAAAAAGUUGUAUUAGGAUUAAACGAAAAUGUUUGGUUCUAGUAAUUUUCUGAAUAUUCUCUUACAUGUUCUACAGAUCAAAAAUUUGUUAAUCAUUUUAUCCUUUUUCAAGUACACCAUUAAUUUCUAUUCCAAUUUCAUCUUGUGAAUAAUCUAAAGCUUGUUUAUUGUCUACGAUACAUUCAAGAUGGUGUGGUAGAUUGAAUGUUAUUUAAUAAGUAUUAAUUGAUAUAACAAGUACUAUUUUGUUGAGACUUUUUUACGUGUACUUAAAUGUAAACCAAUGUAAAUAUUUAACAUAUUUUUAAUAAACAUUGUUUGUAAGAA